AUGGUCAAGGCGAAGAAGUUGUUACUCCAGUACGCCAAUGUUUUCUCGUCAAACGAAGCUGACAUAGGAAAGACUGGCUUAGUUCAACACAAAAUAAACACAGGACAAGAAUUGCCUAUUCGUCAGCGGCCAAGAAGAUUACCUGUAGCACGUGAAAAGGAAGUGGAAACCAUGAUUGAGGGAAUGGUGAAGGAUGGUGUUAUUGAACCUUCAUCUAGUCCAUGGUGUUCACCUGUGGUACUGGUAAAGAAGAAGGACGGCAGCAUGCGGUUUUGUGUUGACUACCGCCGUCUAAACGACGUUACGAAGAAGGACAGCUAUCCCUUGCCAAGAAUUGAUGAUACGCUGGGCAUGCUUACAGGCGUAAAGUGGUUUAGUACGCUGGACCUGAAAAGUGGCUACAAGGAGAAAACUGCAUUCUCCACAGGAAAGGGUCUGUGGCAAUUUGAAGUCAAUGUGCAAUGCUCCAGCAACGUUUGA